ACGUUUGCGAUUAGCAACGAUAUUGAUUCUGCGAAAAAAAAUAUAUCGGACAAAUAACUAUAAAUGGAGUCAAAAAACAGCGACACUGAGGGCGCUCCUUUGAUUCCAACAACUCCUGGCAACGAGUUUCCCUCCCAACUCCGAAGAGCAAUUGCGGUUGUACUAGUUGCAGCUCUGUCGUUCGUGGAAGGUGUCAGCAUGUCCUUACCCGGACCAUUCUUCCCGCCAAGGGCCACAGAUCACGGAAUCUCUCAAACGCAGAUUGGAAUUGUUUCCGGAUCCUGUGACGUCGCAAACCUAUGCUUUUCCUUUAUCAUUGGAAGCCUUAUAUCACCUUCGAACAAAAAGGCUGUGUUUCUUACCGGCACUUUUAUUUCCUCUGCAGCCUUAGUGCUGUUUGGACUCCUGGACUAUGUUAUAGACGACAGAAUUUAUUUCGUUCUUUGCAUUCUGACUCGGAUUGUGAACGGUGUUGGUGUCUCAAUGGUUUAUGCAAUGAUGAUUCUCAUUCCUAGUACGUGCUUCCCGCAAAAAGCGGCCCUUAUGAACUCUUUUAUUCAAACUAUAUUUGGAGUCGGCAUGUUUUGUGGACCCGUUUUUGGAAGUAUAUUAAUACCAAUCGGAGGUUACGAAACACCUUUUAUUUCGUUAGGAAUAAUGGAAGCCGUUUUAUCAGUUCUGGGGAUAAUAAUUAUUCCGGCUUUUCCAGCAGACAAGAAAACUGAAAAAAAAAUAAAAAAUUCCAAACCUAUCGGAUAUUUACAUUUGUUAGUUAGAUUUUCAACAAUCAGUAUUUUAUUACCAACUGGAGUCGUGUUUCUUUUUUCUGGUUUUCGUGACACAGCUUAUGUUCUUCAUUAUCAGGAAGUUACAGGACUCGCCGCGAACAUAGUCGGAAUUUUAUUCGUGGCCAAUUCACUGACAGCUGCUAUUACGGGUUUUGUUGUCGGUGUUCUGACUCAAAAAGGAUACGCAAUUAGUGUCAUGAUUUUAGCCCAUGUUUUGACACCGUUAACUACUUUCGCCAUGUUUGUACCAUACUUUUUACCCAAAAUAGAGACACGAGGUUGGGCCGUUUUGAUUCUUGUAAUGAACGGAAUUUCAGUUGACGCGGCGGUUAAUCCUUCAUACUUGUUGCUUCAAAAAGCAGCUAUCAGGAACGGAGAACGGAAUAUUGACCAAGUCAGAAAAUUUGCAUCUUCUAGUUUCAUGAUUAUUUUUUGUUCUGGACGGAUCGUGGGAGCUGCAAUUGUCGGGGGAUACUUGAACGAAUUAGUUGGGUUUUAUUUCACGUCGCUGAUUUACACUAUGGUUGCCAUAGUAACAGUCACGUGGCAUAUUGUAUUUCUGGUGAAAUCAGGAUUUAUUGGCAAGGUCUACUUCGAUACAGAGGAAGAUAUUGCCGAAGAUAUUGCGAGUGAUAAUUAA